AUGGCGAAGCCUAAACGUCAUUCCGCUAGCAGCAUUUCACAGCAGACGCGAUUGAACGAGCAGUCGCUUACAGCGCUUACAGCCAAGAUCGAUAAGAAUUUGGGAACGAAGCCAAAAGAUGGCAACAACACCACUAACAAGAAGCGCAAACACGCCUCAGAUUGGCCCUCCGCGAGUCCUCGACAACGAAAGAAACUUUCUCCGGGAAGCCAGGAACCUCGAAGGGCAGUGUCCACCAAUUCGAAGACCAGCAAGAGCGAUUCCCUAUCUCGCGAAGCCCUGCUAGAGGAGAUUCGAGCUUUGGGCGGCGACGAGGAGGACCUUCAGUUGAUUGGCGAUGUGGAUUCAGACCAAGAAGAUACCAACGGGGCCGAGGAUUAUAGCAUUGCUGUCGACAGCAAGCUUCAGGGCGAGUUGGCUGCCUUUGCUGCUCAGCUGGGACUCCAGCAAUAUCAUGAACAAGAGACCAUCGGCGGAUCUGACGAAGGCGGUGGCAGCGACGACAACGUCGAAUCCGUCAGUGGAUCUGAAAAUGGUGGCCAGGACUCUGAGGCAGAGACGACUGGCUCCGAAGCAGAUAAUCAUCAGGAAGAGACCUUCGAAGAGCAUCGCAAGGAGGCAAACAAUGUGUCCAAGAAGCAGUUCAAAUUCGAGCCUCGUGCGGACUGGCACGGCGCUGCGUUAGGCAAGCUUCCAGAGCCCAUAACAACAGAGCUGGAUGGGUACCUCGGUGCCAUCAAUGCGCUCAAGAACCAUGCUCUUGCUCUUCUAGAAGCUGAUGCAUCCGUCUACGGCAAGAGUGUCUUGGCGUCCUCCUCCCACAAGUUCCUUUCUACAAUCAUGUCGUCUGGUACCUUGUCUGACAAGGUAUCAGCGCUCACGCUGGCAAUACAAGAAUCUCCCUUGCACAACGUUAAAGCGUUUGAGUCCCUUCUUGGCCUUGCCUCCAAACGAAGUCGCGCUCAGGCAAUUGGAGCCUUGGGUGCUUUGGUCGAUCUCCUAGGUCCCGGUCUCAUCUUACCUCCAAACAGAAGACUGCGAACUUUCCAGUCGCAACCUGGGUUGUUGGGCACAUUACAGAAGUCUGCAGUCAGCUCGUGGAGCUCAGGACAGCCUUUACCUGGACGUCUUACCGAGCCACACCUUAUCCAAUACGCUUACGAGGACUGGCUCAAGUCCUCUUACUUCAAAGUCAUUCAGCUGCUAGAGGUGUGGUGCAACGACGAAAUCGAGUACUCCCGAACCCGUUCCCUCGACUUUGUGUAUGGACUGCUCAAGGAUAAGCCUGAGCAAGAAACAAACCUAUUGAGGCUGCUGGUCAACAAGCUCGGCGACAAAGACCGGAAGAUUGCCUCAAGAGUCUCAUACCUGUUGCUUCAGCUCCAGAACACUCACCCUGGCAUGAGACAGAUCAUUAUCAACGCUGUCGAGCAGGAGGUUUUGCUGCGCCCUGGCCAGACCUUCAGAGCCAAGUAUCACGCGGUGAACACUCUCAACCAGACCAUCCUCAGCAGUCGCGAGGUUGGUACAGCAGAGGCCCUUCUCCGCAUCUACUUCGAUAUUUUCGUGACCCUUCUGAACAGUUCUGUUUUGGGCAGAGCGCUCGGGGAUGAGGAGAAGGAGAGGUCUGCCCCAGCCGGUACAGAAGGAGCCGCAGCAGCAGAGCGUCAGACAGCCGAUAAGCUGGUCACUGCGGUUUUGACAGGUAUUAACCGCGCAGUUCCCUUCGUGGCAGCCCAGAAUCCCAUUCUGGAAACGCAAGUGGACACGCUCUUCCGUAUUGCACAUUCCACGAAUUUCAACACCAGCAUCCAGGCACUCAUUCUCAUCCAGCAGCUUUCAGUCACGAGGCAUCUAGCCUCGGACAGGUUCUACAGGACCUUGUACGAAUCUUUGCUGGACCCCCGUCUGGCGAUAUCUUCGAAGCAGGCCCUCUAUCUAAAUUUGCUAUUAAGGUCGUUGAAGGCUGACGUCGAUACGCGCCGUAUCAAGGCUUUCGCAAAGAGAAUGCUCCAAAUUUUGAACUUGCACCAAGCUGCGUUCGCUUGCGGACUCCUAUAUGUCGUGUUUCAGCUACGGGUCCAAUUUCCUGAACUUAGGGCUCUUCUUGAGGAGCCCGAAGAUAACGAUGCCGAAGGAACAGUUGCUGAAUUCACGGAGCAAAACAAGAACGACCUCACUUCUCGGGGAUCAACAUACGAUGGCCGAAAGAGGAAUCCAGAACACAGCAAUGCUCAAAACAGCUGUCUGUGGGAAAUUGUCCCCUCUUUAACCCACUUUCAUCCGUCCGUGUCAAUGCUGGCCGGCAGUUUGUUUUCUGAUGAGAAGCAAAUGGCUAAACCGGAUCUGGAGAGUCAUAGUCUGAUCAGAUUUCUCGACAAGUUCGUCUAUCGCAACCCCAAGGUCGCUGAGACGAGCAGGGGCGCAUCCAUUAUGCAGCCAGUCCGCAACCCAGACCCAGGUAGCAUUUGGCUUGCCAAGAGGGCCGGUGCAGCUGCUGGAGCAUCGAUCAACUCGCCGAGCUUCUGGAACAGAAAAGCUGAAAAUGUUGCCGUGGAGGACAUUUUCUUCCACGAGUACUUCAAGCAGGCUGGCAAGAAAACCGAGACGGGGAAGAAGGCGGCUACGGUUUCAGCCGUCGCGUCUGGUGACCAGGAGGACGAGGGCGAGCAAGAGGACGAGAUUUGGAAGGCCCUUACAGCUACGCAUCCUGAUGGACCCAUCGACAGCGAUGAAUCCGACCUUGACAUGGACGGUUUUGACGACAGCGACGGUUCCUCUGACGGCGGAGUUGUGUUUUCCGAUGGCUCCGACAUUAACGACUCGGACGGAGAUGUUGAAGACGACACACUUGGUUUGGAGGACGACGGGGCUGAGGAGAUGGAUAACAGUGAUGACGAGGGAAUUGUUGGGUCUCCUGCACCUCCGACUGAGGAGCCAGCGGAGGAUGAGAAGCCGAAGAAGGGUGGCCGAUCGUCGAGGAGGAAACUCAAGGACUUGCCCAUGUUUGCUUCGGCAGAGGACUACGCCGAUCUUUUGGCUCAAGAUGAUGAUUAG